CCUGCAUCAAUGCUGUGCCUCACCACUACCUGCGCGGACUCGCUCUCCACCACGGGAUUUUAGUCAUACUAUUAGAAUCUAUGACGCUGGGGCUACCUUACAUGUAAGCUCUGCGCAUGUGAGCUAUCAAGCAAACAUUAGGUAUGAUUCCGCGCCUCACAGGUGGCCACAUCGCCGCUUUUGCUCCUAACCAUCGCUAAGAAGUGCCGUUCACAACCGGCAGGUAGCAAAGGACUCAUUGCGAGAUCAACAUUUUGGGAACAUCUUAGCGUGAUGGCAUAGUUGGGAACGGAUAUGGGGUCAUGGGAUAUUCAUCGAACGUGCGGUAAAGCAGGGAAACUAGUAAUAUGUCGUGAUAAGACCAUGGUUCCGUGCUGCAUGUUGGUAGACCGGAAAGUCGCCCUCGACUAACAUCACGGAGGAUUUCCCCCUCUUCCGGCACGAGGGUUAUGGGGGGAUAGAGAAUAAGACCAUGUCCAACUUCGGCUGCUAAGCGUUUGACAAAUCAUAGGCCCCUUCGAUUCAUCCAGAGGCUUUAUACGCUAGCUAUGUCAGUUCCGCCUAGCUACAUCUCCUUUUCUCAAUAAUCUUCAUCCUGCUGGGAAAUACCUAUUAUAUUCGUGCAGUGGAAGGCUCAUCUCCUCCUAAAUGGCGAGCACGGUCAAUAAGCCGAACGGCGUGCCAGCCAGGGGGCAGAGCACGUCGCAAAUACAAGACAAAGAGCAAUAUGAAGGUCUCCUAAGUGAGAGCGAUACACAGUCGCUGGAUUGCGAAGACCUCGGCGCCUACUCUAAGAGGCGGCGGCCAUGGGGUUCACCAUUCUUCUAUAUCCCUACGAUAUUAUCAAUCUUCCUCGGGAUGGCCCUCGUCGCCGUAUGCUCCGCCAACGCAGCGCGACUAGACUCUAUCCUCAACGAAAUCCAAGAAAAAGUCUCAACCCUCGAGACUGCUUCGGCGUUGGCUCCCGCGGCACAAGUAAAACCCUCCAAGCCGACGGGCGAAGAGUUCGGCCAUUGCGGCCACUCCAUCAAAGAAGCCGAGUCGCUCGGCUGCAUUUUCGACCCGAUGUCCUGGGCGUGGCAGAGACCCGAAUGCUACAACGCCGAGCUAAUAAACGACUUCUUGGGCAUCUUCGAAUGGCACUUCUUCCCCAACAACGAGACUCGGCCGGAGGAGGAGCUAUCGUGGGACACUUGGGUCCGCGGCCAAUAUAACGGUGCUUGGGGCUCUUGGGCAUGGCACAUGUACCAUUGUUCGUACUCGUGGCGCAAAUUCGAUGCCGCUUUCCACGCCCAGAAGCCACUGGAUGACGAUAUCCUCGAUCCCGAACACACUAAGCACUGUUCAAUCCAGAUCAUCUUGCGGGAUACAGACCCGGGGCUUCAUGCACCUUGUCUUUCGAAUCCCGAAGCUUGCGAAAUUACGCAGAUGUGGAUGAAGUUUAAUAAAUGUGGCUAUUACUGAAGAAGACUAUCGCUAGUGGUUGAUGUCUAGCUGGAGUAUUGGAUUUGGUAGAGUUAGCUUAUUAAAUUCACAGCUUCUCAUGAGGAUACUACGUAGCUUCACCAUAUUAAAUACCCGCAUACUGUAAAGAAUAAAUCGGC